AUGUCGGAAUCAAGGGGGAUAUCGCUCAGGACGAAAAGAAAGGGCCGACCAGCAAUAAGUGCACCACAGCAAGUCUCAGGGCCGAUUCCACAGUCUGGAGGUGCUCCACGAAGCACGGGGGGGAAGCCUUCGUUUGAUGGGCCUCCUCCACCGCGACCACAGGCAGGAGGAAAGACGUCUGAUCUCGUCAAGCGAAGAUACUCUACGAGGUUCAAUAACCUCCCGAAUGGCUUCGAUGCCACUAAACCGCCCAUUCCUUCCGUUCCUCAAAUAUCCGGUCAAUAUGCACCAUCUGCUGAUCGUGUACGGGGUCCCUCGCCGGCGAAGGGCCCAGGAUUGACUGUGGACGUCAGAGCCUUGCGAGACCCAAACCUACGCGCGGAGAAGUACAUUGCUGGCCUCCUCGGAAACGCCUCUGAGCAAGACAUUGAGGAAUAUCAGCAAGCGUUGAAGAAGAUGCGAAAUCGGACAUCCAUUGAUCUUCAGCAAAAUGUUUACCAAAAUCGAACGCAGUUUAUUAAGAUUAGUAAGGAGGCGGAGAGACUCAAAGGAGAAAUGCGGGCUCUUAAAAACCUCAUGUCUGAGCUGAAAUCCAACACCACGGCGCUCAGAGCGGCUUCUUCACAAGGAUCUGCGGAAACCGAAUUUGACGCUGGAUUCCCAUCCACAUUAAGCAAGAGGGAUAAGAGAAGCUCGGUGGCAGACCGAACCGCUAUGUGGAAUUCACAGCUUCAGGCUCUAUGGAAAGCCGUUGAAGGUUCCCAAAAGUUCCUCCCUGCGCUCCCCGGUCGUCACGUGGUCCAAAACGCUGGGGACUGGAUCGAGCUGGACAGUGCAACGUGGAAGGCUCGUCGCUCAAUGCAUAUCUUCCUUCUAAAUGAUCAUUUGCUUGUGGCAUCCAGGAAGAAGAGAAAGAUAGAGGGCAAUAAUGUUGACCCCCGACAAGCCUCCUCCAAGCUUGUUGCAGAUCGCUGUUGGCCCAUAUUGGACAUUGAAAUGGUAGAUCUAGCUGGCACCACCGAGUCAAGCAACAGCAGAAACAAAGUUGCGGAUGCAAUUACUAUCAGAGGUGUUGGACAAGAAUCCUUCACUUAUCGUACAGAGAAACCCGAUGGUACAGACAAAGCUUCCCUGAUGAUGAAUUUCAGAAAGGCCGUCGAGGAGCUUCGGAAGGGUCUUCGGUCAGAAAUGGAAUCGAGCAACAAAGCCAAAGAGACCAUCAAUUAUUUCGCCUCACGCGACCCUAGCUUACUCAAGAAAGCUGAGCUGUUUGAGACAUUGUCGGACAUCAAAGACAUGCUGAUUGAAGUUGAUGGGAAUCAGCAAAAUUUACGCUGGGUAGAGAGCCAGGUAGAUGAGCUCGAUAUCGACAUCGCUCUCCAACGCUUCGAUGCGGCCGUCCAGCGUGUCGAAAGGCUGAAUGCAUUGGCCAAGAGCCUCAAAAGUAAUACCGUUGCGCAGGACUUUAUCAGCUUCAAGGCUGACGAACGAGCAACGAAGCUCGCGGGACUUAUCACUCGUGAACUUGUCGAUACACACAAUGAGUUAAAGAAAACGAAACGGAAUGUUAACUGGCUAGCACGGCUAGGCUUUGAGGAUCGUGCGAGGGAAGCAUAUCUCGAGGCCAGGAGUAAUAUUAUCCAGAAGCGAUCCAGGCAAUGCAUUUUCGAAGGGAAUCUUCUUCAGUAUAUCUGGGAAUUGUCAUUCGUGUACUUCACCAUCAUCCGGAAUACUGUCUCCAUCUUUCAGACUUGCUUCCCGCCUUUGCUCAUGAGUGCCUGUGUUAAAUGGGCUAAAGAGCAGGUGGAUGCAUUUAAUACUACUCUUUCACGCCAAUUAAGCAGCACUAAUCGAGAUGGAGCUGUCUGGAAGGAGUGCAUGAAUCAAGCAAUGGAGCAUGCAAAGAUGUUAACGGAGGUUGGGCUGGAUUUUAAGAGCCUCAUAGGGCGCGAUCCGCUCCCGGACAAACCUCAAGACGGGCCGGUUGGGUUAGGCUUAAGUUAG